GAAAAUGGCGGCCGUACAAGGCAGUAUGGCCGAGGCUGUUGAAAUAAAGGACAUUAAAACAGAACCACCCGUUGAUGCCGUCGUAAACAACAAUACGAAUGACGGAAGUGUACUUUCUGCGUCCCCCGGGCCCGGUGGUUCGGUUGGAAGUACCAAACCCGCAACGGGAGCUUUGGAGGAGAAGCAAACGUUGCUGGCAAUUCUGCAAUUCCUUAAAAAGAACCAACUGUCCGAGUCUGUCGACAUUUUGCGCCGUGAAGCUGGAUUACCCCAGGAUUUGUUCGAUUUGAAAGGUGCUGAUGCAUCCUCAGGUUCUGGAGGUACGCUGGGGACUGUGGAAGGAGGCGGUCUGGAUGCCAACUCUCUUCUGAGCCGAGUGACGUCCUCCUCAGCAGCUCAGGCGCCAGUCAAAGCUCCACCCGCAGAGGACCAGCCGGAUGUGAGUGUGGUCUUGUCUGCUUACAGCCAGCAGGGAGACCCAGCCCUCUAUGAGGUUUAUUACAGCGGUUUGAAAAAGUUUAUAGAAACUGUUUUGGACUGUCAUCGAGCAGAACUGUCCCAGGUUUUCUACCCACUGUUUGUACACAUGUACCUGGAACUAGUGUACAACAACCAUGAGAAUGUGGCCAAGGCGUUCUUUGAAAGGUUUAGCGGGGAUCAAGAGUGUUAUUACAGAGAAGACCUUCAAGUGUUGUCGGGUUUGACAAAGAAGGAGCACAUGAGAGGCAACGAGACUCUGCUCGACUUUCGCACCAGCAAGUUUGUUCUGCGCAUCUCCCGGGACUCAUACCAGUUGCUCAAGAGGCACCUGCAAGAGCGCCAGAACAACCAAAUCUGGAAUAUCAUCCAGGAGCACCUCUAUAUUGACAUCUUUGAUGGCAUGCCACGCAGCAAGAGCCAGAUUGAUGCCAUGUCUGGUAGUCUGGCUGGAGAGGGCAAGAGAGAGGCCAAUAAGGCAAAGGUUUAUUACGGCUUGCUUAAAGAACCGGAAAUUGAACUGCCACUUGAUGACGAGGACGAGGAAGCGGAGAACGAGGAGGGUAAACCCAAGAAGAAGAAACCAAAAAAGGACAGCACGGGCUCCAAGAGCAAGAAGCAGGAUCCCAAUGCACCUUCACAAACAAGAAUCCCUCUUCCAGAACUGAAGGACUCGGACAAACUGGACAAGAUCAUGUACAUGAAAGAGGCCACCAAAAGGAUCCGACUGGGACGAGAUAAUCUUCCCUCUAUUUGCUUCUACUCUUUUCUUAAUGCAUACCAGGGCUUAACUGCCGUGGACUUCACAGACGACUCCAGUUUAAUUGCAGGAGGCUUCGCCGACUCCUCAGUCAGAGUGUGGAGUGUCACUCCCAAAAAGCUACGCAAAGUCAAGUCAGCAGCAGACUUAAACCUGAUUGAUAAAGAGUCAGACGAUGUGCUGGAGAGGAUCAUGGAUGAAAAGACAGCGAGUGAGUCCAAGCUCCUGUACGGGCACAGCGGUCCUGUUUAUGGAAUCAGCUUCAGCCCGGACAGGAACUACCUGCUGUCGAGCUCUGAAGAUGGCACGGUGAGGCUGUGGAGUCUUCAAACCUUUACCUGUCUGGUGGGCUACAAAGGUCACAACUACCCUGUGUGGGACACCCAGUUUUCCCCUCAUGGCUACUAUUUUGUCUCCGGGGGACAUGACAGAGUUGCCCGUCUAUGGGUUACAGAUCACUAUCAGCCUCUGCGGAUGUUCGCUGGACACCUGGCGGACAUCACUUGCACCCGCUUCCACCCCAACUCUAAUUAUGUGGCCACGGGUUCAUCUGAUCGCACAAUCCGCCUGUGGGAUGUCCUGAAUGGGAAUUGUGUUCGCAUCUUCACAGGUCACAAGGGUCCAAUCCAUGCUCUGUCAUUCUCUCCCAACGGGAAGUUUUUGGCUUCGGGGGCCACUGACGGUAGAGUUCUUCUUUGGGACAUUGGUCACGGACUCAUGAUUGGAGAGCUCAAAGGCCAUACAGACACCGUAUACUCUCUCAAGUUCAGCAGGGAUGGUGAAAUUCUUGCCUCUGGCUCUAUGGAUAACACGGUUCGCUUGUGGGAUGCCAUGAAAGCAUUUGAUGAUUUGGAGACGGACGACUUCACUGCAACCACAGGACAUGUUCAUUUGCAAGAUAAUUCACAGGAGCUGCUGCUUGGCUGCUACACAACUAAAUCCUCACCUGUUCUACACCUUCACUUCACCCGCAGAAAUCUGCUCUUGGCAGCAGGUGGCUACAACCCAUAAGACCUUUGACUGAAUUGAGCUUGAAAUAGCUUUGGACAGUGUGAAAAGAUCUAACGAUGAACAGGAAAUUUAUUCUUCAUCAAUUUUUAAACGCGACCGUCAUAUAGCACCUAAAUACGGUGCCAUUGUAACAAAAAAACCAUGUUAGAAUUAAUUACAAGUACAGCUCAACAUGUGGCUGCCACUCUUGUAUUAUAGUGUUUUUUUAAUCGAUACAAAUGUAAAUAAAAGCGUUUUUAUGUUUUGGGCA